GUGUUUUUCAGUUUUAAUCCCGGGUUUCCAUCGGUUCCGCGUCAGCGCGAAAGAGACGCCGGUCUGGAACCCGGGUCGUGGACUCGGCGCGGGUUGCCAAAAAAAACGUGGUGGCAAGUCGAAGCCGGUGACGGCGGAGGUGUGUGCACUUCCGGAGUGUGCGUGGAUCGGAGUGUGUGCGUAAUUUUGGUGUGAUGCCCGGGCGGGGCGGCGGGGCCCGGGGUCGGGGCGUUUGUUCCGGAUUUGGACUCGGUCCUGGAGCCGGGCGCGUCGUCGUCCCCGGGUCGCCCUCGCGGUCGCCGUAAGCGGCGUCAUCGGUAGGAUGGUGCGGGCGGCCACCGUCUCCGACGCGCACGUUCACCUCCACUACUCGGCCCGCAAGUUCAGGAACAAUCUCAUCGCCGGCAUCUCACGGGCCGAGGAUGUGGCAACUCAGGACCGGCAGGUGACUGUUAGAAGUGGGGCUGCGGAGAAUGGAGUGCGCAGUAAUGGUUCGUCGGCAAUAAGCCACCAUGCAAGCGAUGGUCUAUCCAGCGGAGCGUCUAUUUGCAACCGUAGGCAAUCGAUCGACUCGCUUGCCCAGCAUUCAACUGUGAACGGUAAAAGUUCACCCAAAUCGAAACGAAAAGUUGCUAAUGUCUCGAAUACAAUCGAUGGACCUGUGACCUUGAAUUAUCAUCCAGUGAAAACUUCUGUCACCAAAGUUAGAGCCAUUCACAUCAAAAGCUUCAUCUCAGGUGACUCUAUACCCGUCAAACUCGUCUGCGAGACUUCCUCGAAAUCAAGUGCUGAAAAUUCAAACAAGAAAGUGAAAUAUCUCUCUUCGUUUUUGAAAUUCUAUAAUUUCAUCUGAAAUAAACGAAGCAAUCGGA